AUGCAGAUUGGCUCCACAAUUCCGGCAAAUAAUUCUAGUCUCCUUCAGGCCAGACAUGCCAACUUCAAGUGUAAUGGCUCACCAUUAAAGCCUUCAACAAUAGCUUGUAUGAAUGUGAAACCAGUUAUAUCCACCAAGCUUACUCGAAAGCACCUAUCAAACCUUGACAAACUACUACAAAAGCAAACUCAACCAAACCCUCCUAACCCAGAGCCAGUUCAAAAAGAAUCCAAUACUGGGUCACCUGAGAACAAAGGAAAGGGUCCCUUUGAAGGGCUUAACCUGGCCGGAAUAUGGCCGGAAAUGAAGGCUGCAGAGGAAAUGUCGCCGAGGAAUCUGAACCGGCUAAAACGGCUUCUUUCAAUGUCACCGGAACAUUCCCCGAGGAAUAUUCUUGGUAGCCGGUGGCAAGAAUAUCACGGCAGGAAUGAUUGGUCCGGCCUACUGGACCCACUUGAUGAGAAUCUCCGGCGAGAGCUGGUCCGGUAUGGUGAGUUCAUUCAGGCAGCAUACCAUAGUUUUCACUCUAAUCCGGCCAUGUCGGCAGAGGAAGUUCUGUUCCCCCGCCACGUGGCAUUGCCAGAUAGGUCAUAUAGGGUGACAAAGAAUCUUUAUGCCACGUCAUCAAUUGGUUUGCCAAAAUGGGUGGAUGAUGUAGCACCAGAUCUCGGGUGGAUGACCCAACGGUCGAGCUGGAUCGGAUACGUGGCAGUUUGUGAGAAUGAGAGAGAGAUACAAAGAAUGGGCCGAAGAGAUAUUGUCAUUGCACUGCGUGGUACUGCCACGUGUCUUGAAUGGGCCGAAAAUAUGAGAGACCUACUUGUACAAGUCCCUGGCCAAAAUGAUCAGGCCCAUGGACAACCCAAGGUGGAAUGUGGGUUCUUGAGCCUAUACAAGACACGUGGAGAUCACGUGCCAAGCCUAGCAGAGUCGGUGGUUGAAGAAGUGCACCGAUUAAUGGAACUAUACAAAGGUGAAACUCUAAGCAUAACAGUGACCGGACAUAGCCUAGGUGCGGCCUUGGCCUUAUUGGUAGCAGAUGAACUCAGUACAUGUGCCCCCACGGUACCACCGGUGGCGGUUUUCUCCUUCGGUGGGCCUCGUGUUGGCAACCGAGGCUUUGCCAACCCCACCGUAUUCAAAAUUCAGCCUUUUACUUUAUCAACUCCCGGGGAGAGGGAGGAAGAGGGUGCACCUCAUCCGAAGACCAAAUGGCCUGAGCUUUUGACAGAAAAAUAG